CCCCGCGCCGUAGGCCCUUCCGCGCGCCGGCGGCCGCGAUGGCGGACGUGUCCGAGAGGAAGCUGCAGCUGUCCGUGCUGUUGGCCUUCGCCUCCGGGGUGCUCGUGGGCUGGCAGGCGAACCGGCUGCGGAGGCGCUACCUGGACUGGAGGAAGCGGAGGCUGCAGGACCAGCUGGCGGUGAUGCAGAAGAAACUGGACCUGGCCUGAGCGCGGCCGUGGGCCCCGCCGCUCCCGCGCGCCCACUUCGCUGCGCUCCCACCUCGCCUUGCCCGCGCGGGGCCUCCAGCCUGAGCCAGGCGCCCUCCCUUCCCGCCCGCCGCGCCAGGCUCCCCCGCAGUGCCGGUUGUCGAAGAUGGAUAGAAAUCAUUUGUCCUUACACUUUAUGAAUCACUUUUAUUUUUAAAAUAAAAUUUUAAACAUC